GAGACACAACUCCAUUACAUAACCUUAAAACGACAUGUGUGAAGCUAAACGAUGCUACUAUUUCGCCUAUGGAAGCAACCUCUUACAAACCAGAAUGCACGUAAACGUCGAUAGUGCAACACGAGCGGGAUGUGGAAAAUUAAUGAACUACCGACUGGACUUCUUUCGGUACUCUAAACGUUGGCACGGCUGCUCCGCAACCAUAGUCCCCCAUAAUGGGUACGAGGUAUGGGGAGCAAUAUGGGAGAUUGAUGUACAGCAAUUAUCCAGUCUGGAUUUGUAUGUGAGUGCUAUAUUUCAAUUCCAAGUUAGUGAUACCCUACAUUUUAGCCAAGAAGGUGUCCAUCAGAACAUAUACUUUCGUUUUAAUGCCCCCAUCUUUCUACCGGACGGAAGUACGAAGACGUGUUACGUCUAUCAGCAAGUUGCGGAACCGAGCACCCAUUACAAGCUGACCCAAUUUCCGGCAGAUCGGCAACCUUCUUAUGUAUACAAGGAUGUUAUUGUGAGAGGAGCGGCCGAGGCAAAACUCCCCGAGGUUUAUCAAGAGCUACUGCGAGGAAUACUGUGUAAUGAUUAUAAGGGCAGUGUAGAUUUGCAGCUUAUUGAAUAACUGCUUUCUUAUUAUUUUGAUCAGUUAUAAGGUCAUCCAAGGUAUUUUAGGCACUUGCAGAGAUGUGUUGCACACUGACUCCCUCGGUACUGCGCAAACGCAAGCGCGCUUAAAUUUGAAUUUGAUUUAACGCGCUCGAAAUUAAUAAAGCCUUCGGUCAUCACUGAGAAUUCCAGUUACAUUAUAGCCCCAAAUUGAAAGCAACCGUCAUGAUCCUUUACAGCAUAAUAUGGAAUAAACAACAAGAAUUGUAACGUUAUUAUUUAUUAUAAUCAAAUCAGAUAAGGCACUAUAAACUAUUGUGCUCCAUUUCUUCCUACCCGCGUUAACUUCUUAAGGCGCAGAUAGAGUAGCAAGUUACUUGCGACAAUCUCGCGGGAGAAACUUCCACAUGUAUUUACACUGUGAGCAAUAAGUGUCGCGAUAAACUGUUGGGCAAAUUGGGCAGUGCCACGUUUUCGCCUAGGCACAGUAGGCAUGAGCCUAGGGACCGUUGAAAUUGGGGGCCUGCUAUGUUGCAUAAAGUGCAAAAAAGAAGAUCGCACCAACAAAACACAAAAUAACGUACAACACAAGUCUAUUAAAGUCACGUGCACGUCGGAACAACAAUUCUGUUUACUAUUACCAUUGUUUAAAUACUUUAACAAUGCUAUUACUCACCCUCUACGCACGCGUCGAAUUGUUGUGUCGUUUACACGUUCAUGCAUUUACACCAACCACAUGCAAAUUAUCUGACCAUCCAGAUUUUACUCAAGCCAAAUUUUCUGGGUUGUGCAAGUAAACAAUUUUCGUUUUCAUGCAUCAAUUUACUUGCACGAAUUGGCAUGCACAAAUCAAUUUGCGCAAAUUGCAUGAGCGUGAAAACGCACCUUUACACAUUAUACAACAUACUUUAUCAUUAAUAUAAUUGUGGGUGCAUGGUGCACACAAGAUAACACUCUCUAUUAGUAGUUUAAUAGUAAAUUUUAUUAUAUUAUUUUCUAUGGGAGUUUGUUAAGUUAAAUGAAUAAAAUUGAAACCAUAAGUA